AACCACCGGAAUGUAGUUUCGUAUCGAGAUUUCGGCUCGACGAGUUCGCGAAAAAUGGCGGCAGACGAAGAUACCGCACAUGUACUCAGGAGAAGAUUCCCGCAGUAUUUCGCAGCAUCUGCAGGUUCCGCUUGCCAUCCUUUCUCUCUUCGCUAUCACGAAACUGUAAUUCGCCUAAAUAUUUUCUGUCGUGCGAUUCGCACGAUUCCCUUCACGCCAAAUCCGCCGAGCUUCAGAAGCGAGCAACAUGCAUUACUUUAUAAGAAUUCCGAGACCUCCAAGACUUUAUUAAAACCUCCCGCCAUUUUUAUUAUAGCAUAUAUAUUAUAAAUAGCAUUUUCGAAUCGAAAGGUUUGUUCAACCUUUUCGCCACGAGAGAGUCUUCAUAGUCUCGAUCAUUUCACAAUAAAAAAAUGCGAAGUCGGUCAUUCUAGCACGGUAAAUUCAGUGUUAAAACUCAGCCUGCUCGCUAUCUUGCACCCUAAAUCUCGAUUCGUCUUCCAUCAAGAUCCACCGCGAACAGAUCCUUUUUCCAAUGACAUAAAAUUCCCAUUUGUCAGCCUGCAUGGGCGGAUUUUCUCUGGGCUGCGGCAUCGGCUGGAGCGCCCCGUGCGUGGAACUCUUAUCAGAAAGCGGCGCAUACAAACCGAUCUCCAUCUACGUGGUGGCAUCGGUGUUCCCGUUGGGGGCGGCUUUAGGAGUGGUCCUGCUUCCCUUCGUGGUCGACAAGAUCGGCCGGAAAUGGACGAUGAUGUGUCUCGUGCCUCCUUUCAUCAUCGGCUGGAUCUUGAUCUCGUCCGGCAUCGACAUAAUACCGUUGAUGAUAAUCGGCAGAUUACUGACCGGCGCCUGUGGCGGCAUGACAACCGUCGUGGCGCCGAUCUACACCGGGGAGAUCGCUGAGAAAGAAAUCAGAGGAACCUUGGGAGCCUUUUUCCAAUUGUUUCUGGUGCUCGGGGUGCUGUACGCUUACUGCUGCGGCUACUCGAAGAACGUCGCUAUUAUAUCCGUCCUGUGCGGCCUGCCGCCUAUCAUCUUCGCUAUGCUGAUGUUCCUGAUGCCCGAGAGCCCGAUGUACUUUACGGCGAAGGGCAACAUCGAGGCCGCCAAGGAGUCCAUGCGGUUCUUCAGGGGACCCGACUUCGACAUCGCGCCCGAACUCGCGGCCUUCGCGGAGGAGGUAGCUAGGACCAGAGACGUGAAGAAAACGACGCCGUUGACGCUGAUGAAGCCGCCGAUGUUGAAGACGAUGUUGGUCUCGCUGGGGCUGAUGUUCGCGCAGCAGUUCAGCGGAAUCAACGCGAUCAUCUUCUACGGGGAAACGAUCUUCAAGCAGACCGGCGUGGAGAUGGACUCCCUGCUGCAGAUGGUGAUCUUCGCGGUGGUCCAAGUGACCUCCUGCGUCAUCUCCGCCUCGCUGAUCGAUCAGCUCGGACGAAAAUUCCUGAUGGCGUUGUCCGCGUUCGUGAUGUGCCUGUGUCUGAUAGCCCUUGGUAUCUUCUUCAUCGCGAAGACCUCCAGCCCUGAACUAGCCGAGAGCAUGCACUGGCUACCGCUCGUGUCCGCUUGCGUGUACAUCCUGGCGUUCUGCCUCGGCGCUGGUCCCAUUCCCUGGGCCUACUUGAGCGAGAUCUUCCCGUCGAACGUGAAAGGGACGGCCGCGUCCACCGCUGCAUGCUUCAACUGGAUGCUGGCGUUCAUAGUGACCAUGUCCUUCUCGAGCGCCGUCGACGCACUCGGCACCGCCACCGUCCUCUUCUUCUUCGCCGCCGUAUGCGCCUUCGGCGUCCUCUUCGUCCUGCUCUGCAUGGUCGAGACCAAGGGCAAGACCUUCGAGGAAAUACAGAGGGCCUUCGGCACCGUACAGGGUUAACCAGGCGGUAUCGCGACGAUCUGCGUACAAUAACAGCACUUCUCUGUGUAUAAUCUUUUACCGAUUACGCUUUUAGUAUGCCGCCGGUGCUCGUUGAUUUAACACUGAGCUUACGACCCACCGAAAGCAGCCGUUUUGUAUUUGUGAAAGUAACGAUUAGACGUUUAGUAAAAGUUUUAUUCGAAA